AAGCCGGUGGCUGGAGGCCCCCCUCGCUUUGGGGUGCAAAUUCACCUGAGCAAGAGGUGGGGGAAAAAGAAAACUGCUCCGGCUUUAGCGAGGCGGCUUGGCAAGGGGGAGUCGGCAAAGUUUGGGGCGUGCGCGUUGUCUGGGGAAAGCCUGGAGCAGGGGGAGAGAGGCAGCUCUACGGGGGCGCAGAUGGCUACCCAGGUGGAGGCUCUUCUGCCCGCGAACCCCCUGCUGCCCUCCGAGGAGCACGGGCUGGUGAUCAAGAAGCCCCAGGAGAAAGGCGAGCACCUCAUGCACCAAGGCGAGAAGGCCAACGCCGACGAAGGCAAGGGGGGCGGCCCCGAUAGCUGCGGCAAGGAAGGCGACGGCAACGUGGGGGAGCAUCUGCGCCGAAACGGGGCCCUCAAGCCCCCCAGCAUCAAGCAGCAGAAAGAGGACAGCAACCACCAGGAGAAGGAAAACCUGCUGCACCAGCGGAGCGGCGUCGUCGAAUCUAACCGAGCGCCGGGCGAGGCCAGCAGCAGCAGUAGCGGCGGCGAGGAGGGCGGCGAGCAGGGAGGAGUUGGGCGUAAGGAAUUCAUCGAGGCCCCCCCGCCCAAGGUGAACCCUUGGACUAAGAACGCCCCCGCGGCGCUGGUCACCCUCAACGGACAGUCUCCUCCAGAACAUUCAACUCCAGCCAGGGUGGUAAAAGCAGCAAACCCGAGGCAAAGGAAAGGCAGCAAGGUUGGUGACUUCGGGGAUGCCACAAACUGGCCAACACCAGGUGAAAUAGCUCACAAGAGUGUCCAGCAGCUGCCGCACAAGCCCCAAUCACUCCGGAAGCUGCCUAUUAAGAAAAACAUGAAGGAGCAGGAGAAGGGGGAAGGAAGUGAUGGCAAAGAGAAUAUGAAAACCCGGUCAGAUGAAUCGGGAGAGGAGAAAAAUGGAGAUGACGACAACCAGAAAUCAGCUCAGAAGAAGAAGGGCAACAGACACAAAUGGGUCCCUUUGCAAAUAGACAUGAAGUCUGAGGUGCCAAGGGACAAAACCGCUUCUCGCAAUAACAGGCAGAAUGAGCAGCAUCGGCACCCCUCCAACAACCGGAGCGAAUCGAAAGCUUGGCAUCUGGAUAACAAGCACGAACGGAGCUGGCCUGACCAUGAUGAAACGUCUAGUGUCAAGAGUGAGGGGGCAGCUGUGCGUGGUGCCUUCAGGGGCAGAGGCCGUGGUCGGGGACGGGGGAGAGGAAGAGGAAGAGGAGGUACUCGCUCUCACUUUGAUUAUCAGUACGGUUAUCGGAAAUUUGAUGGCUCUGAUGGCUCACGUACUCAGAAGUACACCAGUAAUAUCACCUAUUACUUCGACAACAUCAGCAGCACUGAUCUCUACAGCGUUGACCAAGAAUUGCUCAAGGACUAUAUCAAACGGCAAAUCGAAUACUACUUCAGCGUGGAUAACUUGGAACGAGACUUUUUCCUGAGGCGAAAGAUGGACACAGAAGGUUUCCUUCCUAUCACCCUCAUUGCUAGUUUCCAUCGGGUUCAGGCCCUGACUACAGAUGUCGGCCUCAUCAUCAAGGCAUUGAAAGACAGCAAGGUGGUAGAGAUUGUGGACCAGAAGAUCAGGAGAAAGGAAGAACCAGAGAAAUGGCCUUUACCUGGCCCUCCCAUGACAGACUACGCACAGACUGACUUCUCCCAGCUCAUCAACUGCCCUGAAUUUGUGCCCAGGCAAAGCUUCCAAAAGGAGACAGAAUCUGCUCCUGGGUCUCCUCGCUCUGCCAGUCCCGUGCCAACCAAGACUGAAGAAGUCAGUAAUCUGAAGACAAUGCCCAAAGGCAUUUCUACCAGUCUGCCAUUCUUGGACUUAGAGACGUGGAUUGAAGUAAAGAAGAGGCCUAGGCCUUCUCCAGCCAGACCGAAGAGACCAGAAGAAUCCAAGACACCACAGAAGCAGAAGGACCAGGAUGAACCUGAGGAGCUGGACUUUCUGUUUGAUGAAGAGAUGGAACAGAUGGAUGGCCGUAAAAACACUUUCACUGAUUGGUCAGACGAGGACUCAGACUAUGAGAUAGAUGACAGGGACGUGAAUAAGAUUUUGAUUGUGACACAGACACCGCCUUAUCUGCGUCGGCACCCUGGGGGAGAUAGAACAGGCAACCACACUUCCAGAGCAAAGAUGAGCUCAGAGUUGGCCAAAGUGAUCAAUGAUGGGCUGUAUUACUAUGAGCAGGACCUGUGGACAGAGCAGUUUGAGCCAGAGUACUCUCAGAUAAAGCAAGAAGUAGAGAACUUCAAGAAGGUGAACAUGAUUAGCCGAGAGCAGUUUGACACUCUGACUCCUGAGCCCCCUGUUGAUCCAAAUCAGGAAGUCCCUCCUGGACCACCCAGAUUCCAGCAAGUUCCUACAGAUGCUUUGGCCAAUAAGCUCUUUGGUGUUCCAGAGCCUUCAGCUAUUGCCCGAUCGUUGCCAACAACUGUGCCAGAAUCUCCCAACUACCGCAAUGCCAGGACCCCCCGGACCCCUCGCACACCUCAGUUAAAAGACCCAACGCAGACACCUCGUUUUUACCCAGUGGUUAAGGAAGGCAGGUUGAUAGAUGCCAAGACACCUCGGAAGAGGAAGACGCGGCACAGUUCAAAUCCCCCACUGGAAUGUCAUGUUGGUUGGGUAAUGGAUUCCCGAGAGCAUAGACCUCGAACUGCAUCUAUCAGUUCCAGCCCCUCAGAAGGUACUCCAGCCAUUGGCAGCUAUGGCUGCACCCCACAGUCAUUGCCCAAGUUCCAGCACCCUUCUCAUGAACUCCUCAAGGAGAAUGGCUUCACACAACAUGUCUACCACAAGUAUCGCCGGCGCUGCCUUAAUGAGCGGAAGCGACUGGGCAUUGGUCAGUCCCAGGAAAUGAAUACUCUCUUCAGAUUCUGGUCGUUCUUUCUUCGCGAUCACUUUAACAAGAAAAUGUAUGAGGAGUUCAAGCAGCUGGCCUUGGAAGAUGCAAAAGAGGGGUACAGGUACGGUCUGGAGUGCCUUUUCAGAUACUAUAGCUACGGACUGGAGAAGAAAUUCCGACCUGAUAUAUUUAAGGAUUUCCAAGAAGAAACUAUAAAGGAUUAUGAAGCUGGGCAGCUUUAUGGGCUUGAAAAGUUCUGGGCCUUCUUAAAAUAUUCUAAAGCCAAAAAUUUGGAUAUUGACUGCAAACUGCAAGAAUACCUCAGCAAAUUCCGGCGUCUCGAAGACUUCAGAGUGGAUCCCCCUAUAGGAGAAGAAGGUGGCCACAAAAGAUACCCGUUGACGUCGGGAGUAGAAGGAAGGAAGCGAUACCCAUCCCAGUCUUCCAGCAAACCAGUCAGCCAGACCCUGUACAAUCAAGUCUUUGUCUCAUCCAGCCAAGUCCCCACCUCAUUUAGCCAGCCUGUGCAGGAGGAUGCCAAAAACCUGAGCCAGCCACAAGCGGUUUCCACAGCAACUGUGGAAACUCAAACAAUGGGGAAGUAGACACACCAGAACUUCCAAUGGAAAGGGGGCAGGGACGCAAAGGGAGUUGGAAUGUGGGCACCCAAGAGCAGGCUGCUUGCGGGAGGUGGGGACUACAACGCACAUUAUGUCUCUUGUUAGCUGGAACGACGAGGUGAUCCAAGUUGAAAACAUCUUUUUCCUCGCUGUGAUUAAGUCAUUAAUUGGAGCCAGAUCCUCACGUUUUCAUGUCUUAGCGCCUUUCAGGGGUUGGGUUGGGAAGGGAGAGAUUUUUAUAAAUAUAUAUAUAUAUAUAUUAUAUAUAUAUCAAGUUUUAAAUUAUUGAUAGAAGAAGUUUGUUUGGAUAAACCAAAACCAUUCUGCAUCAUGCAGCCACAUGAUCCAGCUCCUUUUCCUCCUACUGGACACUGAUCAACUAUGCAGCCCACUUGGAAAGUUGGAGGGGUUGGGCACAACCAUGAGGUUCCCUGUGAAACCUGGCCCUUUGGCUUUCCGUGCCCAGCAGGCACCUCCCAUUCCAGAUACAACCAGGCACAAGGAGUCCCUUGCCACUGUCACCAGUGUCAUUUCUGUUAUGGCUCCCUUCCAUCUGCUCAUCCUUUCCAUCAUAGACUGACUACUGGAAGUCAACCAAAGGACCCUGGCUGAACAUGGACCCACAUUGCAUUGGGGUUGCCCAGUUCCUUUUGUGUGAUGGGCAGAACAAAAACUUGCACAGUGUCUCCCCUCACAUAGGAUUGCUAAUCUCAUGAUGAGAUGAAACUUUGCUGAAAGAGCUUUCUCUUACAAAACAAAACAAAAAAAAAUCACAAAAACCUUAUCAAAAAGAAAAACAAAACAAAAAAGUCUGUUUCUUUGCUUCCUUCCUUGAAAAUAAUGAGUUGCCUUAUUGUGGAGUUAGGAACUUGGAAGCAUCCCUGACUUCUCUGAACACGUCUGGAGCAUGGCGUCUGUUUUGGGACUCUGCCAGGCGGUAGUAGUCUCUGCUGUUCCUCUGGACCCUGUCUGCAAUGGCUGGUGAUCUCCCCUCAGACCCAGCUGUGAUGGGCUUUGACUCUGGAGCAGUACUAUCACAUCUAGGUGAAUGUUGGUUCAAUCCACAUGGACAGUUUCCUUCUGGAGCAGGAGCUGCUGCGGGCACUUCAGUCUCAGACAUUGCUAUUGUGUAGUUGAUGCCAGCGUACAUCUAUCAACUGUUAAGAGUGCCCUUCCUGCUACAACUACUACACACGCUAUUGCCUCACUCAGACCUCCAGGUGCACUGCCAUUUUCCUCCCCCACCAGGGCAGACCAGGAGCUAGCCUGUUCAUCUCAUGAACUCCUUCCUCUCCCAGGGCAGGCAGGCAGAUGUACCAGCAGUGGGUAAUUUGCACAGGGAGGAUUCAUGGGAGCACUUCCUUGCUCAUGACAUAUGUGGUUGAAGAAUGUCUACAUGGAAAAAUCGGCUUUAAAGCAAACAGUGCGAGAGGUUUUUCUUUUUUGUGGUGGCUUCCAAAUCAGACGCAGCUUGCUAAGUGUUAACUUUAUUAUGCAGACUUCCCUCUCUGUAGACACUUUUAAGACUGGCGUGCUAGCCUGCCUUCCUUCCCUGGGUUGACCAUGUAGCCAAGGAGGACACUGCUGUUUAGACUCUUCCCUAGCUACAGACACCUUGAUCGUCUUGAAUCAUAAGAUCACUUCAUGUAUUGGAACCGUGUCCAUUCAUACUGUGUCAUAGGACUUUAUACAAAGCACCACGCUUGACUUGGCUGCACUUGGGUUAGUUGCUGGAGCAAAGUCUGAGAGUUCAGUGUGUGCCUACAUGGCUCUUGACAUUGUAAAAACAGCUGGUACUGGAGCUGUAGGAGUGAACUUCAGAAAAGAUGGAAGUGUAUGCAUAUGGGCAGUUUUUCAGAUAUCUUUGUUUCCCGCAUUUUGUCUCCCUAGAGUAUUGUCCUUUCUCUGAAAGCCAGAUAAUUCUGUGGGGAAAGGAAGAUCUGAGAUUACUUGGUCAUUGGGUCCCCUCAGGUUGUCAUGACUCUGAAAGGGGCACCAUGUUGGUUGCAGAAAUGGCACAGUCCCAUUCAUCUGGUCCUACACAACAUGGCUUGGCCCCAAAUAUCCCUCUUCUCCCUCUUCCCCCCAAAUGUGUGAGAGGAAGGUGCUUCUAUGCAUGGUUUUUCUGCCUUUUCUCUCUCUCUCUUUUUGCCAAUUUCUCUCUUAGCUCUUUGAAUCCCUUGUAUCCUUGAAAAGCUGCUCAGGAGAGUAAGCCACCUUUGGGAGGGAGUUUUGGGGAGAUAUGGAGGCAGUUGGCAGAACAGUGAGCAGAAAAGCUCCCUUGCAUGAGCAUGGAUCCAAACUAGUCAGGGUGUGGAGAGGGAAAAGAGAAGUCUUCAAUACAUUUUCAGCUUUAUGUUCCAGGCUUGUUUCUCACAUGCGUAGUGCAUGAUGCAACAAGUGUGGCUGUGAGGCCUGUAUCAGAAAAGGGUACUCUGUGCCUGCUGUUCAGCCAUUUAGAGCAAAUAUUUAUGCCUUUAGGGGUGCGGGAGAUGUUAGUUGACUUAUUCAUCCUGUGUGUUGGUACUGCAAGUGUAGAUAAUUGAGGAGAUGAGGCUUACUGCCUAGGGUCUAUUCUGUCAAGCUAACAUUGUUUCCUUUUUAGCUGUGUUGAGCAUGCUGUUGAUAGGAGUCUGUUAUGGAGCACUUUUGGGAGACCAUGCAGUUAAAGCACAGCCUGUGGUUCCAUCAUGGCUGAGUAGCUUGUGUGGGUGUUGUGGUGGGGUUUUUUGGUGGGGGGAUGUGUUAGACAAAUCCUCAGCCUGUCAUGUAACAUUAAAAGGUAUGAAAAUAAAAGCCAGUUUUCACUUGUCCACCAGGUGUGACAGUACCCACUCAUCUUGCUGAGUGUAUUGCAACAGUAGAGGCGUGCUCCCAUGGAACUGAAUAGUCUGGACUUUCACUGCUAGCUUUGGGUUUUUCCAGCUCUACAUGCUCAGCUCCUCUUUCCUUGGAAAUCUGGCUGGAUUUCAGUUUGUAGAGACUGAGAAAUAUUCUAGCAUAUUAAUCUUGUUAUCUUCAUCACAAUACAGAUAUAAAUAAGGCAAAAUGUGUUGAGCUGUUGCUCAUGAUGCAGUGACAAGGAGCAAGUGUUCAGGCCCUGAUCCAGUAGUAAGAUAACCAAUGCAUUUAUUAGGGGGGAAAGCUUUUCUCUUAAAAAGGAAAUGGUAUUGAAAGUUCACUCCAGUGGUUUAGGGCUAGCUUCUCUGGUUGAUAUGCUGCUUAUCCCUGCUGAAGAACUGAAAGCAAAAGAGAAAAAUGUCAGUGGUGAUGCAGAAGUGCACACUUUCAUAGUGUUUAGAAGGUAUCUUAAGGCAAGGGUAGUACAUGGGAAGGAAGAAGGUGAAUGUGACAGGGCUAUAAUCUCUACGAAUCAGCACACUGAUGCUGAUGUGGCCCUUCCUGGAUGUACCAUAAGGGCAGAUCACAAGGUGAUCUUCAGCUUGUCCCUUGAACAGUAGAUAAGAUACUUGCUGUUGAAGGAACCCUGGCCUUUUGCAGCUCUGUUUGUAGGCAUGUCACCAUCACGUACUUGCUUAUUCAGUGCCAUGGCUGUACAGUGGCAAGAGGUUGUGGUGCUAAUCCUAGAACUAUAGGUAUUUGUUCCUUGUGCUGUAUACAGGGAGCAAUCUCGAGGCAGAUGCUUUGCAUGGCUACUGGUUAAACAAGUCUCUUCUCUCCACUCUGUAUCUACAAAAAAUAUGGAAGAGAAGAUAUAGCUUCUGGCUCAAGCUUUCCCAGCAGAGAAGGUGGUUCUUGUCACUAUAUCAUUUGAGAAGAAAACGUAUGUUAAAGGGACUCCCUACAUUGUAAUAGUUUUGUUUCCAUUUGUGUUGGUUUUCAAAAUGGACCAAGUUCAAGAGACAGUGAUCUCCCGUGCUCUGAUGCCUAAAGUGGUUGUACCUUCUGGGAUGAGAAUUGCUCAGCUGUAUUGCAUUUAGGACAUCACCUGCUAUCAGCAUGUGAGGCUACUGUCAAAGCAGAGAAAGUGAGUGUUUCCCAAAGGGCUGGCUUUCUUAUCAUAAGCAAAACGGUGUCUGAAAAGUUUGUUUCAUCCCGGAUAACUGGUGUAGUUGUUUCCUUAAAGGUAUAUUUUGCUGAGGUUCCUGACGUUUGGUUUAGCAUUUGACAGUGAAAAUGAGACCUUUAUUGUUACUAAGUGCUAGUGCUCUGUCUGUCCUGUUCUUUUUUCUUUUUACCCUUUCCUGUGUGUCCUUUCCUACCUUUGUUUUGUUUGUAGUUGUAUUCCUUCAAAGUUAUGCACUUGCCUAUCUUGCUUCUGAUUGGUUAACUGUACUGUUAACUCCUGACACAGUAACCUCAGUACUCCGCCAUACAUCAAUUUUUAUAGAGUAAUGGGAUGGGAGCCAUCAUUCAUGCCUUCCUCAUUAUUAUUAUUUUUUGGUUAAGCAAAAAUAAUCAAUUAAUGCAGCAAACUCUGCUGUGCUCUGUUCUCUCCACAUGGAUCCUCUUCUAAGACUUGGAUUUGUCAAUAACGUUUUAAGAAUCAGCUAGGUUUUUAGAAGGGAUGGGUAGCUAUGUUAUUAAAUGCUUCAGUUUUUUAAAAAAAAUCAUAUAUGAGUGGCUUUAUGGAGGGUGGUGGGAAAUUUCAUCUCAUUAACAUGGGUUUGGACAAAGUGGUUUUUUAAUAAAUUCUAAGGAAGUCAUUUUUGUUAGUUUACAUUUUCACUUUCUGAAGACACUUGAACAUAGGACCGAUGUAUCUGUGAUAAGGACACCCUAUGGUUGGAGGCAUGGAAAGGUUUAAAACCAUUUCUGUGUGGUUUUACAGACUGUUCUUCCAAGUCUGAUGGCCUUCUGUUGCCCUCCAUUGUUUAUUUCCUCAAUGGUAUUGUUCCUACAUCUAUUCAUCCUCCCUCCCAGAAUAUAAAUCUUGGUAUAACAGGGUGGCCUGGGCCACUGACGUCCCUUGGGGCCAGGGAUAUUGAUGCCCUUGGCAGAAGCAUUUGUCCACCAAAGCCUUCCUGCUGCAGUAGCAUUGUGUGGCUGUGGAACAGAAAUGGCUGGUUCCUCCUCUUCUCGUUGGCUUUCUCCUUGCAGUAGUGCACUACCCUGAUGGUUGGGAUCUCCGGCCUGUGAAACUGUGACUCAAAAGUCAACGCUGAGCUUUAAAUGGUAAGGGUCGAAGUUUCGUUGUGUGAAGUCUGUAUUAAGCUGCUAAAAACUUUGCAUAAGCAAACUGCAAAAGAUUUAAAUGAUUGUUUUGUAUAGGUAUCUGAUGACUCGGUCACAGUGGAAAAGAACAUCAAUUUGGUAUGCCUGCUCUCUGUGAGCAGACCGUUUUGUGUGUGCGUACUCCACCCUCGCCCGUUCUUGCUAAAACAAAAAACCCCAAAAGUGUUUGCAAUCACUUUCAACUGUAUUUAUUCUUGAAGUAAACCUUAAAAACUGUUACCAUAUCACCUGGGAGGAAAAAAAUCUUGUUAAUAUGGUCCACUAUACACAAUCCCAUCUCUUGUUAAUAGUAUGUAAUUCUUAACUCAUGUGCUAGGAUCAUCACAUCACAUUUGGGGAGAAAAAGGAAGAGGAAAAAAAAUGUAAAAUACUUGAAUGAGAGCCUGUAUUAUAAACAGUAAUAUUAUUCAGAGUAUCUGCUUUCUAGGCUGAUGUGACUCAUUAUUCUAGUAGUGCUUUAGUCCUUUGUAAUUUGUGGUAAUUAUGCUUUUUCCUUUUUAAUACAAAAAUGUAUAAAAAUAAAAACCUCAAAAGAC